AAAUAAGAAACAUAAAUAAUGAAAUGUCUUUUCUAGCACUGAUUGUUAAUAAUGGGUAGCGGUUGCUCCAGAGUGUCGCGUGUACGAAAGAAAAUACCCAGAAACAUUGUCUUCAAGCAAAGUUUGAAAUCUUUGGAGAAUGGAAUGAAUUCAUCUCAAGAUUCAAAAGAAGAUCAAGAAAGCAAAGAAGAAGAAGAUGAUGAACUGGAUGCUCUCAGUCCAACGAGUAAACUGGCACCUGAGGAGAUAAGGACAGUUUCAGCUGCCUCCACUGUAACCGUACUUCCAGGAACAAGCAUAAGCAUUUCACCUGUAAUGGAAGAAUUAUCAGAUCUGGGCUCUUUUAAACCACUCCCAGAACUCACUAUUUAUCCAGACACCGUACGAAACCUUCUGAUGGGACGCUGCUCUUCUCAUAAAACGAAUGAUUCGAAAAGUCUUAAGGAAGUGGACCUACUGGCUUUAGUUGGCGGACCAGAGAGCUUUUGCUUUCUAGAGGAGUCCAAAGAACCCCUUCUGAAUGUCCUGAAAGAGUUUUGUUUUGAGAUUGGUAUUACUUUAAACAGUCUCGUUUUUGGUUAUCCAAAAGUUCCUUCAGGGAAUGGUUAUCGCUUCCUGAUUAUCAACUUUAUUAAGAAGCUUCUUAAAUCAAAAAGGCUCAUUAUCCUGGUCAUUAGUGGCCAGGAAUAUACUGAAAUACAACCACCAGAGGUCAUAAAGCAAUCGGACUUUGACUUAGCUGUCCGUCGAAUGCCAUCCAUUGACAACAGAGAACUUGUCCACUGCUCCUAUUUAGCUGAUGUAAAUGAUACAUCACCCUGUUACAGACUGCAGAAGAACAAUUCGGAUUCAUCAGAAUCGAAGCCAUUAAACGAAGAGGAAAUUAUCGCAAUUUUGAAAUCUGCAUUCAACGAAAAACAAAUAGAAUGUUACAUAACAAGCGUAUUCGAAGACAUUCUUCAGCUUCUUCAGGACUCUGAAGAUGCUGACCUCAUGAAAAGAAUCUUCAUGAUUCAUAUUGAAAUGCCGACGGAGACGAAUCAAAAUCCAUUCCAGAAUUCUCAACGUCUUCAACGUCUCAUUUUAAAACUGGAGGAGAAAUUGCCCGAUCAAAACUGUUGCCAUUUCGUGAAAGGAAUUGAGUGGCAGGAACUGUGGAACGGUGAGAAUGAAUCGAAAGAAUCCGGAGCUUAUUCCAAUCUUCUUGCAAAAAUCAAAGAAAUAAUUUUGUCUGCAAAUAAAGAUAGCGGAACUAGAUACUUCUCCAAAAUAGCAGGAAAAGGUAUAGACCAACAACUUUUUGAUGAACUGAUUCAGCAGGAAAACGAAAUGCGUUCACACCUGAAGAGCUUCCAAGAUCGCCCCGAUCUACUGUCUUCUGUCAUGAAUUAUGUCGCAGGACCUCAGAACCACGCUCUGGUCGUGCAUGGUCGCCAAGGAAGGGGUAAGAGUGCCCUCUUGGCGGUCGCCGCAGUUCUGAGUGGCGCAGUAUUUCCAAAUAUGCCCAUCAUACUGAGAUCGGUUGGCGUGUCAACUGAAUCCUUUACGCAAGAACGAGUCUUAAGAAGUGUCUGCCAACAAAUAGCUGCUUUAUACGGAAAACACCCAUCUUUAGCAUCCAGAAGUAUUGCGGAACACAAUUCCUUCUUUGCCAAUCUCCUGAAGCGAGCCUGUUCCGAGAGACCUCUUCUCAUCAUACUGGACGGACUGGAUCAGGUGGAAGAGUACAGCGGUCGUUCACUCAAAUGGUUCCCAACAAUUCUACCUCAGCACGUCAAGUUGAUACUUGCAUUACGUGACGGCAGUAAUGAGCUGCAAGAAAUACAGGAGCGACUCGCAGAUGAUGUAUCAGCGUUUUUAGAAAUUCCCGAUUUGGAUGCCGAUGACACUCUGUCGAUAAUUGAACAUCACAUGUUGAGCAGAGGACGCCGUUUAACGGACGCACAGAUAAGUUUCACUCGCAUAUGUGUGACUGACAAUUCAUAUCCAAGAUACGCCCAUGUAUUUGCUCACGUGGCAUGUUCGUGGCAAACCCUCUCGAUUCCGGAACACUUCUGGGCCAGGCACUCUUUGUAUGACGUCAUUGCUGAUUACAUUAGCCAUUUCAGCGGUACCCUGGGAAUAAAAUCUCUAGAGCUGUUAAUGUUAAACUUAGCAACUUUUAAACAUGGUGUGAUGAAAUCAGAAGUGUUCGAUAUGUUGGAAACUGAAAUAAGUUCUGCUUUUGAACAAUGCCUGGCGUUCAUAUACUUAAAGCACCAUCUUACCCCUCUUUUAAGAACUUUCAACAGAAAGGGACACGCCUUCACCCAUUUUAGGUGCCAAAUUUUCCGGAAACUCUUUAGAACUUAUUUAGGAAAAGACCGUUUACAUGCAUGCUUACAAAGAACUCUAGACUACGUUCAGGGGAAUAAAGAAAUGGCUUCAGAUGAUGCAAGACCGGCUACAGAAAUCAAAACAAAUUACAAACAUCAAAGAUGGCGGGAGUUGGAGGAAUCAACUCAUUUAAAAAUCAAGUUGAAUAUAUCUGUUCGAAAUGACUUCUUUAACUGUAAGUGGUUACUCGAGCGUGUAACAUAUGGUGAUCCUUAUUUGCUCUUAGAAGAAAUCAAACUCUACAAACGGAAAAAUCCGGAUGACAGAGAAAUAGAUGUUCUAAGAAAAUUCUUGCAGUUAUCUUCGUAUUCCCUGAUGCUUGAUUACAGACAACUGUGUACCCAAAUAACUGGUCGUUCGCAAGGUUUCUUUUUAGAGAGAGAAAGGCAUAUUAAAUUUCCUACCGUUAAACUGUGGGUGAAAAGUGUGUCAAACUCGACGCCCUAUUUCCAAGUGAGAGGGCCUUGUUUUCGUACCCUUGCAGAUUUGCAAAAGGUAUUCCCUCCGUCUUCCAAAGACAGUGAUUGUUUGGAUUAUGUCACGUGGUUAAACAGUGAGGAAGUGUACUUAGUGACCUAUUCAAGUUCAAAAACUGAGCUAGAAGCUUGGAACGCAUCGCUGAUGAAGAAAAUGGCGUCCGUCAAAGAGGUGGAGUGCAUAGAUGGGAUACUGACCCUGGGAAGGAAUGCAGAAAUAGUUGUGCUGAAACACAGCCGAAUAGAAAUUGUGGACCUCGCAAGAGGAAUCGUGAAAACCCAAAUGAAGGAACUCAUUGAUGUUUCUCAAGGCGUGAAAGUUGUGGAUGGCGGGAAAAGUAUUUUAGCUCUAUCUGAAGGACACGAGGAAAUACUGAGGUUCGACACAAACUCCGGCCAUGUCGGAAGUCGAAUAUUUUCUGGAGAGCACAGGCAAUUGCACUGCCUACUUGUCAGUGACAACGGUGAGGUGUGUGUUUGUGGCGACACUUUUCAGAAGCCCUAUCCUCUUCUCAUUUGGAGUGUCCAGACGGGAGUUCUCCUACGACAAAUCUCUCUUCCGCACCACGAGUUCCUGACGAGAAACAGCAAGAUCAACUACGAUGGAAGACUGCUCUUCGCUCUUUCAAAGGAUUUAUUGACGCCGAGUACGAGUUUUCUGUCGACCUAUGAUACAACUACGGGAUGCAUUAUGUGGGAUGUGAAACCGGACAGCAAUAUCACAGCCAUAGGAUUGUGUCAAGAGAGUGAAAGAGUCAUUGUGACGACAGAGAGAGGUGACAUUUACGGAUGGGACAUGUUUACUGGAGAAGAAGGGUUUUCGAUUUUUGAUCCUUCCUGCUAUGUGAGUAGGAUUGAAACGGCAGUGAAUAAAACAUUUCUAACUUGGGAUUCAAUGUCUCAGGACAGGAGUCUCAAAUUGUGGGACACAACGACUGGUGCGUGCAUUGCAACAUUUAUUGCAGACUUCAACAUUUACGACUGUGCAUUAUCACACGAAGGUUAUGACAUUGCAAUUCUUAUGUGCAACAAGUGUACGCCUGUAAUUCUCUCUCUUAAGGGUGUUUCUCGUUUGAAACAUACUACUGCUAGUGAUUAAACCAUCACUUAUGUCGUCCAAUUUUAACAUGUAAGCCAGAUUUAUAGCUCACAAUUUUACGACCUGAGGCUGUUUUUUUCUUCCCCCACCCAAACAAAAGAAAAGCUCGAAAUGGGAAUUCCAGUAAACAACGAAACGUUAAUCGAGAAUCUAACUUACAAGGUUAGUCUGAGUCAAGAUUACUAAUGAGAAAAAUUUCUUAUCAGUAUUCCUGGUUGCUUAGCAACUACAUGAUAUCCUAUAUUGAUUAUUGAUAGGGAAAAUUGUGGAAAUGUUUCUAAUUCUUCUUUUUUGUCCCUAAGGGAGCUUUCUGUCAUGUUUAGGGUCCGUCUUGUCAAAGAUGGAAGUGUUCAGGUGAAAUUUUAUCUAAUUCCUCUCCGUUGGUAGGUAACCAAGAAAAGUCUGAUAAAAUCAUUUGAAUUUACACAUCAAUAUCAAACUUUCUUCUGUAGUUACUAAGCUUGAUUGAGGAAAGGUUUUCGCUGAAUACCAUGGCGGCUUCUUUGAUAGUUAACUAGGAAACUGUCCAAACAGAUCAGUUGUCUACAGUUUGUCUAUAUAAAGAGUUCCCCUAGCAACGAAGUCAAAGGUCGUCUGCUGCUAUGGAAACAAGAAGUAGCGCAUUUCAAAAAGGGGAGCGUCUUUCUCCCCUGACUCCAUCUCUCUCGCCAACCCGGGCCUGUCUAAAAUAAUGACCCAACACCCCUACUUGAAGUGGUUAAACCUCGUAACAAUGGUCACCGCCGAUACUCCGGAAGAAUGGCAAGGAGAGUUUGUUACAUAGACAAA